UUGCUCUAUAAUAUAGACAGAUUUGCUUACUUUCUCGUACUAAUUACUUUUAUACGUUCUCGUACUGCGUUCAUUGUUCUAUGUGUUAUCGUCUCCAGAGUGCGGUUACAGCGCAACCAGGAAUAUUUCUACGACGGCCAUUAAAUGUAGAGUGCGUUGCUGACCGGCUUCUGUAGCUAUGCUGUAGCUUGGGUUUUAUUAUCCAUUGACAGAGAAAUUUGCGAGUUAUAUUCGUAUAACUAUUUGGCAAUUAGCAACAAAGAGACAGUGAAAAUGUUUAAUGUAAUUAAAUGGAGAGUAGUUGCAAAUAAUUUAUAAGGGAAUCAAAUUGAAGUCACGUGUGAUUUUUUUACUGUGUUUGCGCUUCAGUGACUUGUGAUUACCCCGUAGGUUAGAUAUAAUACAUAAGAAAACCAACAAACGAAUUAUUUCUGCUAAAAGUUUUGUUAUACAUUUUUUGAUAACUUAUUAAGUAUCGGGAUCUGGCGCCGGUUGACUUUAAGGGAAAACUAAGAACAUAGUAGUACAAAAUUGAAUAAAAAUGGCUCUGCACAGUGUUCCACCAAAACGUAAAGAAAUUUAUAAAUAUGAAGCCCCAUGGCCAUUGUAUAGUAUGAAUUGGUCUGUAAGGCCUGAUAAACGAUUUCGUUUGGCUCUUGGAAGUUUUGUCGAGGAAUACAACAACAAGGUUCAGAUAGUUUCUCUGGACGAAGAGACCUCAGAGUUUAGUGCUAAGAGUACCUUUGAUCAUCCUUAUCCUACGACAAAAAUUAUGUGGAUUCCAGAUAGUAAAGGACUUUUCCCUGAUCUUUUGGCUACCUCUGGUGAUUAUUUGCGGGUAUGGCGUGCUGCAGAACCUGAAACACGCUUGGAAUGUGUGCUAAAUAACAAUAAGAACUCUGACUUUUGUGCACCGCUAACAUCCUUCGAUUGGAAUGAAGUUGACCCCAAUUUAAUUGGAACAUCUAGUAUCGAUACUACCUGCACAAUCUGGGGCCUGGAGACAGGACAAGUGCUUGGACGAGUAAAUAUGGUUACUGGACAUGUGAAGACACAGCUCAUAGCUCAUGACAAGGAAGUAUACGACAUAGCCUUCAGUCGCGCGGGAGGAGGUCGUGACAUGUUUGCUUCGGUAGGAGCAGAUGGUUCUGUAAGAAUGUUUGAUCUUAGACAUCUGGAACACUCGACAAUAAUUUACGAAGAUCCUCAACACACACCAUUGCUACGUUUGGCAUGGAAUAAACAAGAUCCCAAUUACUUGGCCACUGUUGCAAUGGAUGCUUGCGAAGUGAUCAUUUUAGACGUACGUGUACCGUGUACACCAGUAGCAAGAUUAAAUAACCAUAGAGCCAGUGUAAACGGUAUUGCCUGGGCACCACACUCCUCCUGUCACAUAUGCACAGCAGGUGACGAUCAUCAAGCCCUCAUCUGGGACAUACAACAAAUGCCAAGAGCCAUUGAAGAUCCAAUCCUGGCUUACACAGCAGCUGAGGGUGAAGUAAAUCAAAUUCAAUGGGGGGCAACACAGCCUGAUUGGAUUGCUAUUUGCUAUAAUAAAGCAGCCGAGAUUUUACGUGUUUAAGGACUUCCUCAAUGUGAAAAUAUGAGUUUAAUUUAUUCUGUGACAAAGCUAAGGUUCCCAUCUCUACCCCAGGACCAAGGCGAUUGUAACAUAGUGAGAUUUUUAAAGGAACACCUGGUUCGAUAGACUGAUAGAUUUAAACGAAUGCAAUAUUUAUGCUGAAGAUAUUAUAAAUUCCUUUGUCUCAUGGAAUUCGAACUACGCUGGCUGAGCCUCGUUGAAUCGUGAGAAGUUAUUUAAAAUUCGGCCCUCGUUCUUUAUUCUCUUUCUAAAAUUCCCUUUCUUCUUUUUGAAAUUUUAUAUAUAUACAUCAUUGUCGUCGAAGACGUGAUACGAUUGAUCGCUCGAGUUAUUUUGAAUAACAAAUUUUAUAAAUUAUACGCGGUGUCACUCAAAGUGUUCGUAGAUACGUUGACAAGAUACCCAAGACAAAUGAGACACUGCGCCAUUGUACAUAUGUUUAUAUCGAAAUUACCGUCUUGGUGUAGCUCGCUAUGUAUCACUAGUUUAUACAUAUAGUAAUUGCGUGUGCGUAUACAGUGAUCAAUAUAUAUUCAAUAAUUAUACAGAAAAAUAAUCAGCAAAUUUCCAAAUAGAUAGUCGCAGUAGACGUAACAGCUCUUAUCAAUAUCUCGUGAAAAUUUUCAUACGUUAAGCUUGUAUCGGCCCUCACAAUUCUAAUGUUAAUAUCACACUCGUAAUAUUUAUAAUAAAAAUACAAGUUUUUGA